CGGGGAGCCGCGGGGGGCUGAGGAGGCGGCGGCCAGAGCUGGAGCGGGCGCGGGUCCGGGAGUGCGUCCUCGCUCCGUCCAUGGGGCGGGGGGCGGCCGUGCCCCGCCCCGCCGGGCAGUGACAGCGGGCGGCGAGGCCGGGCCGCCGGGGCGGGGGGGUCCGGGCUCGCCCCCGGCCGCGGAGGGGCCGCGGCGGCCGCGCCAUGAACUACCAGCAGCAGCUGGCGAACUCGGCCGCCAUCCGCGCCGAGAUCCAGCGCUUCGAGUCCGUGCACCCCAACAUCUACUCCAUCUACGAGCUGCUGGAGCGCGUGGAGGAGCCCGUGCUGCAGAACCAGAUCCGCGAGCAUGUCAUCGCCAUCGAAGAUGCCUUUGUAAAUAGCCAGGAAUGGACACUGAGCCGAUCCGUCCCGGAGCUGAAAGUGGGGAUCGUGGGUAACCUGGCCAGCGGCAAGUCCGCGCUCGUGCACCGGUACCUGACGGGCACCUACGUCCAGGAGGAGUCACCCGAAGGUGGGAGAUUCAAGAAGGAGAUAGUAGUUGAUGGACAAAGCUACCUGCUGCUGAUUAGAGAUGAAGGAGGCCCUCCGGAGGCUCAGUUUGCCAUGUGGGUGGAUGCUGUUAUCUUUGUCUUCAGCCUGGAGGAUGAAGUCAGCUUCCAGACCGUGUACCACUACUACAGCCGGAUGGCCAACUAUCGCAACACUAGUGAGAUCCCCAUGGUCCUGGUGGGAACACAGGAUGCCAUAAGCUCCACUAACCCCCGGGUCAUCGAUGAUGCCAGAGCCAGGAAGUUGUCAAAUGACCUCAAGAGAUGCACCUACUAUGAGACCUGUGCCACGUACGGGCUCAACGUGGAGAGAGUCUUCCAUGACGUUGCUCAGAAGAUCGUGUCAACCAAGAAGAAGCAGCAGCUCUCGAUCGGACCCUGCAAGUCUCUGCCCAACUCUCCGAGCCACUCCUCCGUGUGUUCUGCCCAGGUCUCUGCCGUGCACAUCAGCCAGACCAGUAAUGGAGGAGGGAGUUUAAGUGAUUAUUCCUCCUCUGUCCCAUCAACUCCAAGCACCAGCCAGAAGGAGCUGCGGAUUGAUGUUCCUCCCACUGCCAACACUCCAACUCCUGUCCGUAAACAGUCCAAGCGCCGAUCCAACCUCUUCACGUCUCGGAAAGGGAGUGACCCAGACAAAGAGAAGAAGGUCCUGGAGAGCAGAACAGACAGCAUUGGAAGCGGCCGCGCAAUCCCAAUUAAACAGGGAAUGCUGCUGAAGAGGAGUGGCAAGUCUCUGAACAAGGAGUGGAAGAAGAAGUACGUGACGUUGUGUGACAACGGGGUGCUGACCUACCACCCGAGCUUACACGACUAUAUGCAGAACGUUCAUGGGAAAGAAAUCGACUUGCUGAGAACCACUGUGAAGGUCCCUGGGAAGAGGCCACCCCGAGCCACGUCAGCCUGUGCACCCAUUUCCAGCCCCAAAACCAACGGCCUCUCCAAGGACAUGAGCAGUUUACACAUCUCGCCAAAUUCAGGGAACGUGACUACUAGCACAUCUGUGUCUCAGAUGGCCAGUGGCAUCAGUCUGGUGUCCUUCAACAGCCGCCCGGACGGGUUGCACCAGCGCUCCUACUCGGUCUCCAGUGCAGAUCAGUGGAGCGAGGCAACAGUCAUUGCAAACUCUGGCAUUAGCAGUGAUACGGGCCUAGGAGACUCUGUGUGUUCCAGCCCCAGCAUAUCCAGUACGACGAGCCCCAAGCUGGACCCCCCCCCUUCCCCUCACGCCAACAGAAAGAAGCACCGGCGGAAGAAAAGCACAAGCAACUUCAAAGCUGACGGGAUCUCGGGCACAGCUGAGGCCAAACGCAAAGCUUGGAAACUAAACCGUGUUGGUAGCCUGCGAAAUAUAUACAGCAGCAGCAGCACCAACACCGAAGAACAAGAAGAAAACUUUGAGUUCAUCAUCGUGUCUCUCACCGGCCAGACUUGGCACUUUGAAGCCACCACGUACGAGGAAAGGGACGCCUGGGUCCAAGCCAUAGAGAGUCAGAUCUUGGCCAGUUUACAGUCGUGUGAGAGCAGCAAGAACAAGUCCCGCCUGACCAGUCAGAACGAGGCCAUGGCCCUGCAGUCCAUCAGGAACAUCAGAGGCAAUUCCCACUGCGUGGACUGUGAAGCACAGAACCCUGACUGGGCCAGCCUGAACCUGGGAGCCCUCAUCUGCAUCGAAUGCUCAGGUAUCCACCGCAACCUCGGCACGCACCUGUCGCGGGUGCGCUCCCUGGACCUGGACGACUGGCCCAUCGAGCUCAUCAAGGUGAUGUCGGCCAUCGGCAACGAGCUGGCCAACAGUGUGUGGGAGGAGAACAGCCAAGGCCACAUGAAGCCCUCCUCAGACUCCUCAAGGGAAGAAAAGGAGCUCUGGAUACGUGCGAAGUACGAGCAGAAGCUCUUCCUUGCCCCGCUGCAGUGCCUGGAGCUUUCUCUGGGCCAGCACCUCCUGAGGGCCACAGCCGAGGAGGACCUGCGGACGGUGAUCCUGCUCCUGGCCCACGGCACUCGGGAGGAGGUGAACGAGACCUGCGGAGACGGUGACGGGCGCACGGCCCUGCACCUGGCCUGCCGGAAAGGGAACGUGGUGUUGGUGCAGCUCCUCAUCUGGUACGGCGUGGACGUGAUGGCGCGCGACGCCCACGGGAACACGGCGCUGGCCUACGCCCGCCAGGCCUCCAGCCAGGAGUGCAUCGACGUGCUCCUGCAGUACGGCUGCCCCGACGAGCGCUUCGUCCUCAUGGCCACCCCCAACCUGUCCAGGAAGAACAACAACCGGAACAACAGCGGCGGCAGGAUGCCCACCAUCAUCUGAGGAGCUCCCUCGUGCAUUCGCUGAGUUACAUCCGCAGCCUCACAUCCCUCCAUCCCCAUCACGGCUCCGCUCUGUGAGUCUGGUAACUCUCCUUUUCCCUUUUCCCUUCGGUGCACCCCUGUCCCAUCCGGAACGCGGAGAGCGCGAGGGGAUGCGGAGGAGCCCGGGGGGCUGCCGGGAAGGCCGUUGUUUCAGUGACAGCUCCGCAAGGACGGGGACGAGCGGGCGAGGGCGCGCGGGUUGAGCGGGACACGCCACGCGUGGCACCGGGACCAUGGGAGCGCGGCCGCCCCGGAGCAGGGACACGGAGCAGGGACACGGAGCAGGGACACGCGGCCUCCCGGCGUGAGGGAAGGGCGGAGGGAGAGGCGAGCGAGAGGAGGAGGAAGGAGAGCCGGUGACUUCCCGUGACUGACAGUUAAGCACAUCAGUACAUUUCACCUCUGCCGAGCGCCGCGCCUGGAUUCCAUUCUCUUCUCUGAAGAGCUUGACGGCAUAAAUCAGAAGCAAGCACAGAGUUUGUCAGGUUUGAAGCUCCUAUGAUGGUAUGUGUCAAAUCAGUUGUAGCUAAUCUGUCCGGGGAGAAUACUGGCUUCAUUACACUUGUAUAGUUGAGUUCUUCCAGCAUUACCGCUGUUUAAUAGAACAUGAUUAGUCAUCACGGAGAAAAAAGCAUAUUAGCUGAGGAGGUAGUUACAUGGCACGCUUCGGUGAUUGCUUGGAUGUGAUUGCAAUAUUCUUAGAAGCAUCAUAUUAUCUCAGACAUGUUCUUUCAAGCCCUUGGAGCCCUCCUUUCUAAAUUCACUGUCAUAAUUUAGUAUCUGUUUAAUUUUUCAGUCCAAAGAGAGGAAAUGAGUUGCUGAGUGUUAUUUGACUGCAGUCUCCUUGGUGUAAAAACAAAAUGGAAAAAAUAAAUAAGAGUAACUCCGAAACACAAAAAGGAAUAAUGAAUAGCGCUAUGGAAAAAAACAUUUCAAGUACAUUUAGUGAAAUUAAUAAACGCAUUAAAGGCUAAUAUUUUUUUUUUCAGCCAGCAGAAAUAGGUUCUGUCAUUUUGCCAAGGUAAAUUGUGUUGAGUUUUUGGUCACUCCUGUGAUGCAUUGCCUAACUUAUACAGAUUUUUGUAUUGUGUCUCUAGAUUCUAUGUAUGUAAAAUCUAUUUGAAUUUUAAAAAAACAUAAAUAUACAUUGGAUUUUUUUUUUUUUGUACAGAAAAUGACAUCUCUGUUAAUUUAUAAACUGUAAUGGAUGUGAACUAAAUAAUGUGCAACUAGUUAGGAUCUGUGGGCUACAGGUCAUUGUACAUCGAUAAUAUCCCCAGCAGUGACUCUCGUUUCCAAAGCCUGCGAGGAACAUAUCAGGAGGAGAUCAGGGCACACUUGGCAUGGAAAAAAAAAAAAAAGUGUGUGAGACCUUUUAGAAAGGAAAAAGAGGCUGUUUCUUAGCGCUGUAAAUAUAUUUUAGCCCAGAAGUCAGGAAGCUUUCACAAGCCAAGACAAAAAGCCGUGUUGUGGCCGGGGGAAGAUCAGGUUUGAUUAAGCUCAGAAUUGAUAGCCUUCAGCGGGCAGGGCACGGCUGAGCUCCACUCCCAACCUGGCUGCUUUCGGCAAGAAAAAUGGCUUGUGAAAGUAGCCUGGACAGUUCAUUUGAAUCCCAGGUUUUAAUACUUGAUUGGAUUAUUUUGGUCUUACCAGGCAGAUCCCAGCUUCUGCCGUUUUCCCAGUAGUGGGAUUCUGGCACAGGGAAGCAGCUUGCAGGGGUUUUGGCAGGCAGAAAAGUGAUUUUUUUUUUUUUUUUUUGAAGUGGCAUACGGCAGUGUGAAGAUGGGGGAAGGGUAUAUCACGGAGAGAGUUGAAAACUCAACUGAAUUCUGUGGCAAAGGAGCAAUUAUGUGAAGGCAGUGAGGUGCACACAGCAUAGUAAUUUGCAAAUCUACCUGCUCGGAUGUCUUUCCCAAGCCUUCGGUGGUGCUCUUCCUUGGGGCUCUGGAUUUCACUCAGCACACAGUGGCAGGAGCGUGGCAGUUGCCGAGUAAACUCCAUGUGGACAAAAUGCAAAGGGAAAAAACAUGAUCUGGUUGUCUUAAGGAAAAAAAAAAAACAAACAGAAAAUUAUGGAUUUGAUGUAAAUUAUUAGAUUG